AUGUUGUAUAUGGUCUCAGUGCAAAACAAAAGUGGUCAUAUAUGUGGAGGAUUUCUGAUCACCGAAGACUUUGUUGUCACUGCUGCACACUGUGAUAAUGAAUACCCCACGCACGUUGUUCUCGGUAACCACAAUCUCAACAAAGGCCAAAAAAUAAGUAUCAAUAAAAAAUUCAAGCCUAGAUUCUAUCUAAAUGUUUUACUGGGUGACGACAUCAUGCUGCUUAAACUUUCUAGAAAAGCUCAGCUAAGCGACAUAGUAAAAAUAAUUCGACUUCCAACUGCUAAAAUAAACCUAAAAGAAAAUGAAGUGUGCAAAGUGGCUGGAUGGGGAAUAACGGAAAAUGGUACUCUAACCAAUAUACUGAGGGUGGUGGAUGUGCCUGUCAUUAACAAGAAAGUCUGUAAGAAGCAAUAUUCUGUCAUAAAUAUACGUCUUCCCGCCAACGUUAUCUGUGCAGGUGGCUACCCCACACACAAGGGAUUCUGCCAGGGUGAUUCAGGUGGUCCUCUGGUGUGCGCAGGAUUAGCUGUUGGUAUUGUUUCUUUUAACAAAGGCAAGUGUAACUACCCUAAAGCACCCAAUGUUUAUACAGACAUCUCAAAAUACCUCCUGUGGAUCAAUGCAAUUCUUAAAAACCCAAAUAGUUAUUUGUAAAACUACAAUUGUUUUUCUGCUGUAUUGCUUCAUUUUGCUGUCAUUUUCUUUGUGUGACCAAAAACAGAAAUAAAAAUUGUAUCUGCUAGUCCACGGUCUGCAGACCGUGACUGAUAUUGUUACUAAUAAAACCAUGGUUUUAUUAGUAACAAUAUCAGAAGGGAAAUAUUUCAUUAAAACAAUAACAAGGGAGUCCAGAAAAUAAUUUGGUGUCACAUGAAGAAUAAGCAACAUAUAGUAGUAUUAAGGUUAUCACCAUUACCAUUUCAAGAUGUUGCUGUUUUUCCAUAAGAUUAAAGUGACAUCUUUUAGAGACCAGUAUGUGUCACCACAGUAGUGAAAGUACAUCUACACUGCUACACUGACUGGAACUAUUUCACAGAGUGAGAGUGAGAUGUCAAAUAAUCAAUAGUGAAAGCAUUAUUUUUGCAAUAUAUUUGGCAGCUAAUGAGAAACAAACUAAAUACUAACGAAUAUUCAAUGUGUACAUGACUGCUGAGUGAGCAACAGCAAUAACCGUAAAAGAGACACUCAUGUAAACAAACUGUAAUCUGCAAUGCUAGUGAUGGGUAGAUAAGGUCAAAAUGUUAUUAGUAUUGAUGCCAUCUAGUGGUGUACAGAUU